UACGGUCAGUUUAGCUGGAUCAAGAUAGGUUUUUAAAAUUCGAAUAUUUUUUCUAGCAUAUUAAUUGUUACCUAGGGUCAAUAGUUUGACGUUAGUCAAAAAUGGAAAACGAAAAAUAUUGGAUACAUGUAGAUCAACUGCGUUACACUCAGAAUACAAUUAAUGACCAAUUCAAACAUUCUGGAGCAAAACUUGACGACGUGGUUCAGCAAAUAAAGUGCAACCAUAUGUCUGUAAACGAUCUCCCGCCCAUGCAAGUUUACGAAAAGGAUGGGAGGUUUUACAGCUGCGGUAAUAGAAGACUUUACGUGUGUAAAUCCCUGAGAGCAGAGGGUCGCCUCAAUACAGUGCGAGUGGAAUACCUCGGGGAGCACAACCAACACUUAAGCAAUUUUACCUCUAAAAACGAUGGCCAAUGCGUGACAGUCAGAAAGAAAAUAUAAGUUUAUGAUUUUGGAAUGUAAUAAGCUAAAAUGGGAAAUUCCAUUGGCGGACUCUAAAGUGCCUGAUUUUAGCCGUGAUUUUUCGUUAUUGUUGUUUUAUAACUUUAUUUUUAAUAAAAUUUCAAAUAAUAAUUAUGA